AUGUCCAGAAUAUCACCUCCUGCAUUUUGUGACAUUCCUAUUGAAAUCUUUCAUUGCCAAAUAUUCAUUCAUUUCGAAAACGAUUAUUCAUGGGUAUACAGAGUAUUCCGACUCAUUUGUAAAGCGUGUGAUCGAAUGGUUACGAAAACCACUUCCUAUUCCUUCGGAAAUGAAUUUAUUGUCUAUUUGGAUAAUAACACUAUCCGAACCAGAAAGUUUGUAGAAUGUUGUGAGAAGGGAUAUUUUCAUCAUUUGAAAGCAUUGAGAGUUUGUGGAGGACAAGAACUUUCUCAAUAUUCAAAAGAUAUGGAUCUUGUUAAUGAUGAUGACAAUGAUGAAAUGGAUCAACAAGACACGACAAGAACAGAUCGAUAUUUAAAUUGUUUCCCGAAUUUACAAAAAUUAGAAUUAAUGAAACGAUAUUUCGAUGAUUCUAUUGUGAAGGGAAUGGCCAAAUGUCAGAAUUUGAACAAUUUAACUCAUCUCAAUCUCCAGUACUCGAGAAUUCAUGACCACUCCGUUCAAAUUAUUGCAUCAAGUCCAUUAUUUUCAAAUUUAACGUUUUUGAAUUUGAGUGAUACAAAGAUUGGAAGAAAGAGUGUAAAAUUUAUUUGUUCAUCUCCUUACCUAUCAAAAUUGAAGGAUUUGAACCUUGCUUGGUGCAAUCUUGGAAAUGUUGUUCUCUUUGAAAUUUCACAAAGCUCUCAUUUGAAAAAUUUGACAUCUCUUAAUUUGGCUAGAAAUAACAUUUCAAUCGAGGGAGUGAAAUGCAUUUGCCAGAGUUCAAACUUUAAUAAUCUGACUUGCCUCUCGCUAAAUAAUAAUAAUAAUUCUACAGAGGGUAUUGAAUAUUUAACAUGCUGCGAAAAUCUAUCCAAUCUUGAGGAAUUUUCUGUUGAAACCAAUGCAAAAAUUUACCUAUUGCCUAUGAAUAUAAUUUUUGCAAUUUUUAAUGGACCCAUGAAAAAAAUCAAGAGUAUUCGAGUUUCACCAAACACCUAUGAUGAAUUUCAAGAAUUCAUCACCUGCAAGAAUAUUACCUCAUUGAAAUCUCUGGACAUGGGUUUUUGUAGAUCCGUUUCGAAUGACUUCCUGAAAUUGGUGAUGAAUUGUCAAAAGUUGUCACAGUUAGAAAGUCUCAAAAUUGGAUAUACAAACAUUUCUGAUUACACACCACUGAUCGCCAUCGAAUACAUGAAAAAUCUCACCUUAUUGGAUGUUAGUGACUUGAAAAUGAAUUCAAGUAAUUUAUUAGCAAUUUCUAAAACUUUCCCAAAACUCAAAGUGUUAAAUAUUUCCCAGACUGAAAUUUCCUUUGAGAGCGUUAUUGAAUCUCUUAAUAAUUUUGAGUGUUUAGAAACACUGUAUAUACAAGCCAUUGAUUUGGUCUCUUGUGAAAAGGUUCAACAAUUUGCUUGUCAUCCUGCUGCAACAAGACUCAAAUCUCUCUGUUGCACACAUCAACAUGGAUUCAUUUCUUAUUUAUUUGGAACGUUCUCGAAACUAGAAAAUUUAACACACUUGAACCUUCGAGGUCCAUGCUUGAAUUUAGAGGAUGUUCAAAUUCUCACCUCCAAUCCAAAACUUGCGAAACUUUCGAGUCUAUUUCUUCCUGGUGUGACUGAGAAAAAUCUGAAAAAACAAACUGUUGCCUUAUUGGAAAGUAGUCCUUAUCUUCGAAGAUUGAAUGCUGGAGACAGGAAUCAUUGGGAGGGUGUGUUUUAUUAG